AUGGGCUCCAUCUCUCCCCGUCCGGUCAAAGCACUCCCGGCCACUUCACCACCAGAAAAUCUCCUGGAUAUCCUUUACCGGGAUGGUGCCGUUGUCGUCAAAAAUCUCCUGUCGCUGGAUCUUAUCAGUGAUAUCAACGGCGAGAUUAAGCCAUACAUGGAUGCCGACUAUAAUAGCGGACUCGAGGUCUUUGCAAAGCAAACCAAGACUGUCUGCGGACUGGCAGGCAAGUCGCCUUCUGCUGUCAGGGCCAUCUUGCAGAACCCAUCUGUAAAGACCGUUGUCAAUGAUGUACUCAGUGUGACCACCGAGAGCUGGUGGGGCGAGGCUCGCAACAAGUGUGUUUCUCCUCCGCUGUUGAGCUCGUUCUUCACGGUUCGCGUGGGACCUGGCAGCGCCCGACAAGGCCUUCACCGUGAUGACCAGGAUCACCAUGCUACACACACCCACAGUGACCCCAAAGAGACCACCAAGCUGGGAUGUUUUGUUGCAACUUCUAAAGUCACCAAAGAGAACGGUGCAACGGAGAUUGUCUUGGGUUCACAUAUUUGGGAUGAUGUACGGAAACCCUCCGUGGAUGAAGUCAGCUAUGGCGAAAUGGACACUGGCGAUGCCCUUUUGAUGCUGGGCAAUUGCUACCAUGGAGCUGGUGCCAAUGCCACGACCGACUCAUUUCGAAGCGUGAUUGUUACAUUGUUUUGCAAGGGUGUUUAUCGGUCGGAAGAGAAUCAGUUCCUCGCAGUCUCACAGAAGCAGGCUAGGAAAUUAGAUCCUGAAGUGCAGGACUUACUAGGGUGGAAGGCUAGUGCACCUUUCUGUGGAUGGUAUGAUUUGGGACACCCCUACCGGCUUAUUCGUGAUGUCGAUAGCGUGGGCGCAGAUUUAUUUUAA